CUCCGUUUGCAGCCAGGAACCUGACCAGGGAGUGGUUCUCAUAGCUGCAGCAAAUCUCCAAACAGGGAGGCCUCUGCUGUACUCUCUCCGUUUCCCCACAGUCCACCUUAAUUUUUUCUUCUUCUUCUUCUUCUUCAAGCCUUAAGGAGGGCUUUACUUGUAAAUCGACUGUAAGCAGUCAGAAUGAGUGACAUCAUGAGAGAAUUACGUGGCGCAGAUCUCAACCAGGAGUUGAGGGAUCCAGAGGAAGAAUACAGUGGUGACUCCUGAGCCCAGGGAGUUGGCAGCGUCUGGGCUUCAGAGGAGCCAGCACCUCUGAAUCAGGCUGUCCUGAAGAGAGGCUGUGCCAGCCUGCUGUUCCUCUGGCUGAAAAAAACUGAGAGCUGUGUGACAAAUACUUGGUUGAGCCAAGACUCUGAGGCUGAUAUGCAAUGUCACUUACAACAUUAAUCAGAUACUGCAUUUAAGGUAGGAGGCCAGGUGGACUCUAUUUUUAACUCCUAGGCACUGCAUCGUGUGCAAGCAACACAGGUUCUCAUAUUGUGUUUUCAGUGCUGGGAUCAGUGGUUUGAUUUUCAGCAAAUGUGACAGUGGCCUUUGCAGCGGUCAGCACUGAGCUUUGAACUCUCAAAGGAGCAAGGGAGGAAAAAAAAAAUUCAACACACCACCUCCUCGGUUGCAGCCUCCGAGAAUCCUUGGAUCAGAAACUUCUUUUUUCAGUCCUGUUUUGCUGUUGAUAAAUUCAGCCCUCGUGAUCAGAGUGCAUUCAAGCUGUUCUGCGUAUGAUUUUUGGUGUGUGUGACAAUCGUAUCUAAAACUUGUGAGCAAGAAGACGGAGAAAUCAGUGGGUCUCCAUCGCCUUCCAUAAAAAUGGCCGAGUGUCUUGUUAUGCUAACGCUGCCCUGAGUGACGCGCACAGAUCUUGAUGUGGAGGAGAUGGAAGACUCAGAACCAAGGAUUUCCAAGUGAUUUCUGCCAAGGCACGGAAACCAACUCUGUUAAGGCUGGUCUGUUCUGACUGAGAUGACAGUCAUGUCCCUCUCCAGGGACCUCAAGGACGACUUUCACAGUGACACAGUGCUCUCCAUCUUAAACGAGCAGCGCAUCCGGGGCAUUUUAUGUGAUGUCACCAUCAUUGUGGAAGACACCAAGUUUAAAGCCCACAGCAAUGUCUUGGCUGCCUCAAGCCUUUAUUUCAAAAAUAUAUUUUGGAGCCAUACGAUCUGUAUUUCCAGCCACGUCCUGGAGCUGGAUGAUCUGAAAGCCGAAGUGUUUACAGAAAUACUUAAUUAUAUCUACAGCUCCACUGUUGUGGUCAAGAGACAGGAAACUGUCACUGAUCUUGCAGCUGCGGGGAAAAAGCUGGGAAUAUCAUUCUUGGAAGACCUUAGUGACCGCAACUUCUCAAAUUCCCCAGGUCCCUAUGUAGUCUGCAUUACUGAAAAGGGUGUGGUUAAAGAAGAAAAAAAUGAAAAAAGGCAUGAAGAACCAGCUGUUACCAAUGGGCCAAGGAUCACAAAUGCAUUUUCCAUCAUUGAAACAGAAAAUAGUAAUAACAUGUUUUCUCCACUGGACUUGAGGGCAAGCUUCAAAAAGGUGUCUGAUUCCAUGAGAACAGCCAGCCUCUGCCAGGAGAGGACCAGCAUCUGCCACGAGGCAGAGCCUGUCCGCACGCUUGCUGAACAUUCGUAUGCCGUUUCUUCCAUCACUGAGGCUUACAGGAGUCAGCCUGUACGGGAACACGACAGCAGUUUAUCUGGUAAAACAGGAAAAGAAAAUGACGAAGCGCUUGCCACAAAAGCAAAGCCAUGCCGAAAGCCAAAGACCCCAGCCCAGGAUUCUGACUCAACUACAGAAAAUGCGCCACGGCUUCCAGUAACCAACCCAGAAGUUAAUGACGAGAGAAGUCCACAGCCAGCUCCAAUUCUGCCACACUCAACACCUCCCAGCAAUGAAGGAGAGGUCCAUUUUCCCAGGGAAGAGGAAAAGCAACCCCCUGAUCUUCCGGGUCCAACAGCAGCAGAGGCCCCGCCCCUUGUUUAUAAUUGCAGUUGCUGUUCCAAAUCCUUUGACAGCAGCACACUGCUCAGUGCCCACAUGCAGCUCCACAAGGCAGCCCAGGAGCCUUUGGUAUGCAAGUACUGCAACAAGCAGUUCACCACCCUCAACAGGUUGGGUCGGCAUGAACAGAUCUGUAUGAGGUCUAGCCACAUGCCCAUCCCAGGAGAAACCCAACCGUUUUUAGAAAACUAUCCCACUAUUGGACAAAAUGGAAGUGCAUUCACAAGUCCAGAAUCCUUAGUACCAGAAAACAGGAUGGGUGAACUUCCCAGCACUGGGAGUGCCUUGCCAGACACGGACCACAUGGUGAAAUUUGUGAAUGGGCAGAUGCUCUACAGUUGCACUGUGUGCAAACGUAGUUAUGUGACUUUAUCCAGCCUCCGAAGGCAUGCAAAUGUGCACUCAUGGAGAAGAACAUACCCUUGCCAUUACUGCAACAAGGUCUUCGCACUGGCCGAGUACAGGACACGGCAUGAAAUCUGGCAUACUGGAGAGAGGCGGUACCAGUGCAUAUUUUGUCUCGAAACUUUUAUGACCUACUACAUACUAAAAAACCAUCAGAAGUCUUUUCAUGCCAUAGAUCACAGACUCUCCAUCAACAAAAAAACUGCAAACGGAGGCUUGAAGCCUCCUGUCUAUCCAUACAAACUUUACAGGCUCUUGCCUAUGAGAUGCAAGAGGGCACCUUAUAAGAGCUUCCGGAAUUCUUCCUACGCAAGUUCUCGAGAAAACAGCCAAAGGAGUGAGUCUGCGCCGGAUACAUUUGUUGUUCUGAAUCUGCAAAGCUCUGACAUGCCCACACUGAACUUGCAAGACGGCAGAAACACCUUGACCAGAAGCCCCGCCAUCCCAGUGGAAACACCUUCACAUGAGGGCACACCCACUCCUGCCAAAGUGAAAAAUACGGAAGGCUUCAAGUGGAAAAAGGAGGCACUGAAAACUGGCCUUGUCGAGCACUUUGAUGCAACUGGGGUGUCAGUUUCUUCCACUGGAAACUCUGUCAGUGCCAGCCUCCAGGCAGAGCCCACCCAUGUUUCAUCUGCGGGGAAGGGCAGUGAGCACUCAGCCUCUGUGAUCAGCUAUGGUGGCUCGGUGCCCUCUGUCAUUGUGCACAGCAGCCAGUUUUCAUCAGUGAUCAAGCACAGCAACACGGUUGCUGCCCUGACCAGCAACCACGAAGCCCCGUCACAACCAGUCAUCAGUCCGUCCCUGAAAGGGGAUAGCAGGCCUGAGGUGGAGAAAGCCAGCAAACUUGCAAGCAGACCCAAAAGCGUUAAGGAGAAAAAGAAAGCUAUUCCAUGUAACAAGGGAGAAAUAACAGAGGAGGCGAAAUACAUUGCCGAUCAUGGCGGGUCUUUGGGCAAAACCACUGAUGUCGUCGAAGGAACCAGUAAAACCGAAACUUACAUUGCCAAACCUGCUCUGCCCGGCACCUCCACAAACAGCAACGUUGCACCCCUUUGUCAAAUAACAGUGAAAAUUGGGAAUGAAGCCAUUGUGAAAAGGCACAUCCUUGGGUCAAAGCUGUUCUACAGAAGAGGGAGAAAACCCAAGUAUCAAAUGCAGGAGGAGACGUUGCCUCAGGAGAGUGACCCAGAAACCCAUGGGGACAGCCUUGGGCUUUGCCAGACUGACUACGUAGAGAUGAGUGAAGCGUUUGAUGAAGCAAGUGACCAGGAUUCCACUGAUAAGCCGUGGCGCCCGUACUACAACUACAAGCCCAAGAAGAAAUCCAAACAGUUGAGAAAAAUGAGAAGAGUCAAGUGGAGGAAGGAGCACAGGAGCAGAAGCCCCAGCAGGAGGUGCAGAUACCCAGCUGAACUGGAUCGUGCAGAGGCAAAGCCACCUCCGGAUAAGGCUUUGGAAGAAGAAGAAAAUAAAGAGAUGCCCAAGCUACAGUGUGAGCUCUGUGAUGGCGACAAAGCAGCAGGGGCGGAAGCGGAAGGCAAGCCCCACCAACAUCUCACGGUGAAGCCUUACAUCUGCGAGCUCUGUGCAAAGCAGUUCCAGAGCCCCUCCACUCUCAAGAUGCACAUGAGAUGCCACACUGGAGAGAAGCCAUACCAGUGUAAGACCUGUGGGCGGUGCUUCUCAGUGCAAGGAAACUUACAGAAACAUGAGCGCAUCCACCUGGGCGUGAAGGAGUUCAUCUGUCAGUAUUGCAACAAGGCGUUCACGUUGAACGAGACUCUCAAAAUCCAUGAGAGAAUCCACACUGGGGAAAAACGUUACCACUGUCAGUUCUGCUUUCAGGGUUUUUUGUAUCUUUCCACAAAAAGGAAUCAUGAGCGGAGGCAUGUUCGGGAGCAUGACGGGAAAGGCUUUGCUUGUUUCCAAUGCCCCAAAAUAUGCAAAACAGCUGCUGCCCUCAGAAUGCACCAGAAGAAACAUUUAUUCAAGAUCUUAAGUAAGCAGGAAAAAAUAGGUGACAUGUGCCAUGAAAACUCAGAUCUCUUGGAGAGUCAACUGGGCACUGAUUCGGAAGACAGUGACCAAAAGGAUGAUAUACAAACCUUUGCUGAAAAUGUUGAGUGACGACAGCAGUUAGGAAAGGCCUCAAAAAGUUGUUUGUGAGAUUGUUUUUCAGUUUUUUUAAGUUUAGUUUUGUUCACUUAAUAGUCACAAAGGAGUGGGGGGGGGGUUAAUUCUCAUGUGUGUAAACUCAAAAAAAAAAAAAAAAAGGAUCCUAGCACCUACUUUGGGUUUGGGUUUUAUCAUUCACUUCACACAGAGUGCAUAAAAAACAAAAUAGCUGAGUUCUCUAAGGACCCAAGUGUUUGUGAAGGCUAAUCAAGUUCUGAGCUGUGGUAUUUUGAACAGUGAAAAAAAGCAGCUGAAUUUUGGCCUAAUUUAAAACUUUCCCAUGUGCGCUAAUGAGGACUGCUGAACUGUUGUUAGUCACUGGAGAAAACAAGGGUCAGAAUCAUGAAAACGGCAUCUCUGAGAUGAGUGUGUUAAAUGCUAACUGAGCUAUGACAGUAUUUAUUCCCAUCCAGUUUCCGCACUAUUAAUCUUUGUUUAAAUUAAUGGGUAUUUACAAAAUACUUAACAAUAUAACUGAAAAUAUGUAAUGGGUAGCCUAAAGUAGGACAUUCAUACAUCAUCUAGAACUACUUUUCUGCAACAUAAACCUUGUAAAAUACAUAUAUGAAUCACUAUAACUUUUAACUGUCUGUGACCCUUGUAGAGAACCAUAAUGAGCAAUAGACCUGCAAAUAAUGAGGACUGGUGUCGAAAUCAGUAGAGCAUUUGGAAUCUGACUUAUGAGCAUGUGUGUGCUUCUCGAUGGAAUGCUGUGCUAUUCUCUUAAAGUAUGGCUGAGCUGUUAUUAAAACUGGUCUACUCAAGUCACACAAAACAUAAGUCAUGCCUUAUCUAUGGGGAAAGCCUUCCCACAAUUACCUGAGAUUACCUAUGCUGUAUAAUCCUUUGCAGUGGCCACACCUCAGAGAAUGAAGAAUGGUCAAAUUCUUCUGAACUCCCUGCAGUCUUCCAGUCAUCCCAAGGCCAUGGAUGUUGGGGGCUAUUCCACACAGACUUAAGGGGUCAUAUAAUCUUGAUGUCUCCCAUUCUACUGAAGGAGUAUGCAAGAGGUUGAGUACAAGACAUACCUCUGUGCUAAUGAAGUUUCAGGCACUUGGAAACAGCAGAAAGUCUAAUGCCUCAAUUGUACACCUUCUUGGAGAUGAUGCAGCCCACAGGUACAUACUAGCUAAAAGGACAACAGAAGCCCCUCCCCCACUGGUGACAUGAGCACAAGGGGAAGUUAUGACCUUCCUUGCCUCAAAUAGCAGCAUUAUUUUUGAGGGAUGGGGAGAUAGGAGGUGCAGGGACAGGGUUCUGCUCCUUACUAACAGGACUCAGAAGCAUCCACAAAGCCAGAUGCUGUCCUCAUGUUUGCAGACAUCUAGUUCCCUAGAUGUCAAAGCCUCACUUACGUUUCUAAAUCGCUUUUUAUAUUGAUGCAAACUGUCGACAGACAUUGCCCUCAAAAGUCCAUUUGCCCUUCAGGAUGUUCUUUCAUGUGGACUAGUAUCUUGGUAAGCUGGAACUCAUGAUUCUUACUGUUAAAACUGCCAGAAUCGGAGGGAGGGAGGGAGAGAGGGAGAGCACAUUCCUACCUUCCUUCAAUCACCAGUGUGAGCAGACUUCAGAACGGUUCGAGAGUGGCCAGCAGCCACUCCUGUUCCCUGGAUUUGGUAGAUGGAAAUGCUGGAAGGUUGUCAUUAUGGCUGGAAGGUUGUCAUUAUGAAGAAGUAGCUCAGAGGACUCCAAUUUCUUCCAACAAAUGUUGUGGUGUGUCCAUGAAGAAGAUUUAGUGUGGUUUGGGGUAGGCAAGAAAACAUUUAAACACCCAGGAAAAAGGACAUGAUUCAAGGUGACCUUUUUAUACUGUAGUUGUUAAGCAACUCCAAUAUUGUAUCUGCAUUUAUCAUUUGUUCAUCUACUUUCACCUACAUACAGUAUUAUAUACUAGAGGAAAAUGGGGAAAUGCAAACAAAUUCAACUUUAUUUUAUCCAUUGUAUAUAUGUACACCCACACCAUUCACUUGUGUUUUGUUAAGGAUGUAGUCACAAAGGGCUUAUGAAAAUCACUUUUGAAUUAAUAAUUAGAUGGCAAGCAAUCCUAUGAUCCACUAAUUUGUUCUAUCUCAGUUAAGAUUAUAAAGCAAUCAGUUAUGUAUUUAAGUUGUUUUGAUUUAACUACAAAUAUAAAGUUAUAUGUACUAAUGUCUCCCAGCCCUUAUAUGUGGAUAUUUUUUAAGUGGACUUGUAUGCUGAUAAUUAUAGACCAAAGUAAAUAUGGCAGAAUAUUUAUACAUAAAAAAUAAUUUUGCAAAUAUUUUCUAUAAUUGUAUUAUUCAUUUAAAAUGUUGAUAGCUUGUGUUAGUUUCAGGGAGGGGUGUAUAUUUUGAUAAAAUACUUGACUUUGUAAUUCUGUAUAUUCUAUACAAUUUAUAGCAGAGCCAUUUUAAGACAACUGGUUACAAUUUUUUUUGAUUGUGAAAAUGUUAUGAGUGGUGUUUAAGUAUGCAUCGAGUACAUAACGACCAAGUAGAAUUAAAGUUAAGUGUAAACAGUGAACAUACUGUAUGCUGUACAAGAUACAUUUGUCAUUUGCUCUUUUAGCAUCUGUAUUUUGGUGAGAAGAUAUUAUUAAAUACAGAUGUUAAGGAUUGGAAAGGUCUAAUUUUAUUUUUAGAAAUAAUAUAAAUUUCUUUUGCUUGAUUAAAAUAGCUUAUUCCUACA